CUUCCCCUAGCAAACAUAGUCUCUAUAUAAAUGUUAUUUUAAAUGUAUAUAAUGAGUAAUCGAUCAAAAAGGGACACAAGAAGAAAAGAUUAUAAAUCUUUACACACGUCUGGAAAGACAGAAGAAGGGGCCUUCGAAGGGAUUGAGACGAACCAAACAAAGAGUUCAGAGAUAAUGGCGGGAUCGGAAGUCAACCAAUAUGGCGUCCUCCAGUUGCCAGAUGACGAAGAAGUAGACGAACAGCAACUUCUGGUGAUGAAGGAAGAAUUAGAAAUGCUGAAGCAGGAGGAAGAAAAGUUGACCAGGAGAAGGGCCUUCCAGGAGACGAAAAAGGAACUAGACAGACAAAGGGCAAAAGUGGAAUCACUGAAGGACAGAGAAUUACGUGUUCUGAGGGAUGACCUCAAGGCAUCCAAUAGAAGGGCUUAUGCUGAGGGAUCCAGGAAAAAUUUGAGGAUCCAGUGGGAAUCUUUUCUUUUGUUUUGCUGCCAUUUCGGCUAGAAAAUCAAAUUUGGUACCUACAACGACUGAAGAUUUACUUCAUAAAAGGUUCUUAUUAAGAGAGGAUGUUUCUAUUGAUAAGAAUAAAUUGUUGGUUUCUAUGAAAUGGACAAAAACUAUUCAGUUUGGACAACGUGUAUUGGUUACACCAUUGGUUGUUGUCAUGAACUCUCCGCUAUGUCCUGUGGCAGCUUUUAAGAAUAUGGUUAGUAAGAUUCCCGCUGGACCUGGAUCGCCUCUAUUUAUAUUGAAGUCAGGAAGACCAGUCACAUAUAGUCUUUAUCUCAAAAAGCUUCGAGAAGUACUUGCUAAAUGUGAUGUCGAUCCUAGAGCAUACUCGACUCAUUCUUUUAGGAGAGGCUUUGCCUCUUUUGCUUUCAAAUUAAAUAUAUCAGCUGAUAAAAUUCAGCUUUUAGGUGACUGGUCAUUUGACGCGUAUAAAAGAUAUUUGCAUAUGUCUUUAGAAGACAAGAUUGACAUUGCUAGCCUUAUUUCUGAAAAAUUGUGAAUUAUGUUUAAACAUCAUAUGUACAA